AUGGCUCCAGGUGCUCCCGCCGGCGCCGGCGGGAACAUCAAGGUCGUGGUCCGCGUGCGUCCUUUCAAUGGACGAGAAAUGGAUCGCAAUGCCGCGUGCAUUGUGGAAAUGCGCGACAACCAGACGGUUCUCACACCACCACCAGACCACGCCGGGCCUGCAAAAGGAAACAAAGAUACGUCACAGAAAGUCUUCGCCUUUGACCGAUCGUACUGGAGUUUCAACAAAGACGACCCCAACUACGCCGGCCAAUCGAACUUGCACGAAGAUCUCGGCCUGCCGCUGCUCGACAAUGCCUUCCAGGGCUACAACAACUGUAUCUUUGCCUACGGCCAGACCGGUUCGGGCAAGUCCUAUUCAAUGAUGGGCUACGGCAAAGAGAUCGGCAUCAUCCCCCAGAUUUGCCAGGACAUGUUCAAGCGGAUCGGAGAGAUGCAGUCCGACCCGAACCUGAAGUGCACCGUCGAAGUGUCCUACCUCGAAAUUUACAACGAGCGCGUCCGCGAUUUAUUGAACCCGGCCACAAAGGGCAACCUCAAGGUCCGCGAGCAUCCGUCCACGGGCCCCUACGUCGAAGAUUUGGCCAAGCUUGUCGUCGGAAGCUUUCAGGAGAUUGAGCACCUCAUGGACGAGGGCAACAAGGCACGGACGGUGGCUGCGACGAACAUGAACGAAACCUCGAGUCGAAGUCACGCCGUGUUCACUCUGAUGCUGACCCAGAAGAAGUUUGACGUCGAGACCAAGAUGGAGAUGGAGAAGGUCGCCAAGAUCAGUCUAGUGGAUCUGGCCGGCUCCGAGAGAGCCACGUCCACGGGUGCCACGGGCGCGCGGCUAAAAGAAGGUGCCGAGAUCAAUCGCUCUCUGUCGACCCUCGGCCGUGUCAUUGCUGCCCUGGCCGACCUCUCGACAGGCAAGAAGAAGAAGGGCGGCGCAUCGACACAAGUGCCCUACCGAGACAGUGUCCUGACGUGGCUGCUCAAGGACUCGCUUGGUGGCAACAGUAUGACAGCCAUGAUUGCUGCCAUCAGUCCCGCCGAUAUCAACUACGACGAGACACUGAGUACGCUCCGCUAUGCCGACUCAGCCAAACGUAUCAAGAACCACGCCGUCAUCAACGAGGACGCCAACGCGCGGAUGAUCCGCGAGCUGAAGGAGGAGCUGGCACUGCUUCGAAGCAAACUCGGUGGCGGCGGCCCAGGAGGUGCCGGCGGUGCGAAUGUGCCGCCCGACGAGGUCUAUGCGGAAGGCACGCCCUUGGAAAAACAGCUCGUCAGCAUCACGCAAGCAGACGGUACCGUAAAACGCGUGUCCAAAGCAGAGAUCGCCGAACAGCUCAGCCAAAGCGAGAAGCUGCUCACGGACCUGAACCAAACAUGGGAGCAGAAGCUCGCCAAGACCGAGGAGAUUCACAAGGAGCGUGAGGCGGCACUCGAAGAGCUCGGCAUCAGCAUCGAGAAGGGAUUUAUCGGACUCAGCACACCCAAGAAGAUGCCCCAUUUGGUCAACUUAUCCGACGACCCAUUGCUCGCUGAGUGCUUGGUGUACAACCUGAAGCCAGGCACCACCACCGUUGGUAACGUGGAUUCGCCAACCGAGCACCAAGCCAACAUCCAACUGAACGGCUCUCGUAUCUUACAAGAUCACUGUACGUUUGAAAAUGCACCGGACGGCACGGUCACAGUGGUUCCCAUGCCGGACGCUGCUGUCAUGGUCAACGGAAAGCGCAUCACCGAACCGAAGCAGCUGCACUCGGGGUACCGCGUUAUCCUCGGCGACUUUCAUAUUUUCCGUUUCAACCAUCCCAUGGAGGCGCGUGCCGAGCGGGCUGAAAUACGCGCGGAGCAGGGCCAGAGCCUGCUGCGGCAGUCCAUCACAGCGAGCCAACUCCAGAGUCUAGACCGCAUGUCCCCAUCGCCGAGCCCACGCGGUAUGGGCCACGGGCACGACCGGUCGAUCAGUAAGGCUGGUUCUGACUUUGGAGGGUUCAGCGACAGCCGACCAGAAUCGCCUGCACCAUUCUCGCGUAGCGGCCGCGACUCGGACUGGUCAUUUGCGCGCCGCGAGGCUGCUGGUGCGAUUCUGGGCACCGACCGCAACGUUGCCAGCUUGACGGACGACGAGCUCAACACCCUCUUCGAGGAGGUCCAGCGGGCGCGUGCGGAGCGUGUGACAACAGGCCGCGAAGGAGACGAAGACAUGGAAUCCAUGUCGUCGUAUCCGAUCCGUGAAAAGUACAUGUCUACGGGAACGAUUGACAACUUCUCUCUCGAUACUGCUCUCACCAUGCCAUCGACGCCCAAGCAGGGCGAGGUGGACGACAAGCUGCGCGAAGUCCGUGAAGAGCUCCAGAUCCAGCUUGAGAAGCAGAAGGAGGAGUACCAGGACCAGCUCAAAACGGCCGAGGCCGCCAACGUCGAGGUCGAAGAGAUCAAGAAGGAAAAGGAGCGCAUGGUGGAUGCUCUGCAGACUCUCAAAGUCGAAAUGCAAAAGCAACUCGACGUGCAGCGACAACAGUUUGAGGAGAAGAUGGAGAAGAUGGACCCGUUGAAACGGCCCAAGGCCAAGCCGAAGCUGUCGCCGGAAGAGAUCGAACUGGCCAAGAAGGUGACCAAACACUGGCGCAGCCGCCACUACGUGCAGAUGGCCGAGGAAGUGCUUCAACAUGCGGCCACUCUGAAGGAGGCCCAAAUCAUGAGCCACGAACUGGGCGAGAACGUCUUCUUCCAGUUCGCCGUCGUCGAUGUCGGCCAUUCCAUCUUUUCCUCUUACGACAUGGUCUUGAACGAUUUGGAGGAGGGCGAAGAUCCUGCGCUCGAGCAGGCCCAGAAGCCCUGCGUCGGCGUGCGCUUAAUCGACUACAAGUACAACGUGGUGCGCCUGUGGAGCUUGGAGAAGCUGUAUGAGCGCAUCCGGCAGAUGCGCCUCCUCCACCAGUUCCUCGACCAACCGGAGUACGGCGACCCCGUUGACAUGGCCAGUCCAUUUAUUGAAAGCCACAUGCCCGCGUACACUCUCAUAGGUGAUGUGGAUGUGCCGCUCAAGACUGUUUUUGAGUCUCGGGUCCAGGACUUUUCGCUCGACGUUAUCUCGCCCUACACAGGCCAUGCAAUCGGCAUCAUGAAGCUGGCGCUGGAGCCAUCGAGUGCCCGGGCACCGCCCAGCAUGCUCAAGUUCAACGUUGUGAUGCACGAGAUGAUUGGUUUCCCCGAGCGUGAGGGCACCGAGGUCCACGCACAACUGUUCAUCCCCGGCAUUUCGGAAGACGACGGCAUCACGACGACGCAGAUGAUCGAUGAUUUCGACGAGGACCCCAUCCGGUUUGAGAGCGUGCACAGCAUGAGCGUUCCCAUUGCCGGCCCGCAGGACGCCACGCUGCGUGUCGCCGUCUUUGCCAAGGUGUCGUCCAUGCACCUGGACAAGCUCCUUAGCUGGGACGACAUGCGUGACGCGGCGCUACCGACUCGUGAGAGCGGCCCGCAGGCUGCGCGGAUCGCUGAAUCGCACUUCUUUACCGAAGAGCGCCAUGACGUCCUCUCCCGCAUCCAGAUUCUCGAAAUGAACGAGGAAGGCGCCUACGUGCCGGUGGAGGUAGCACAGCUGAACGAGCUGGAUCCGGGCACGUUCCAGUUGCAUCAAGGCAUCCAGCGGCGCAUUGCCAUCAACGUGUCACACAGCUCGGGCGACAUGCUGCCGUGGGACGGUGUGAGCGCGCUGCGCGUCGGUAAGAUUCAGCUUCUGGAUGCAUCGGGCAAGCAGCCGGACCCCAACAGUGUGCCGCCGCCAGACGUGACACUCAAGCUGUCGUCGGCACCGUCCUUCCGCAACAACGCCAACGGCACGCGCAGCAUCACACUGACCGGCCAAUGGGACUCGAGCCAGCACAACUCGGCUCUGAUGGACCGCGUGACGGCCGACAAGUUCCGCGUACAGAUGACGGUGUGGUGGGACAUCACGUCGGAAAAGCUCGCCGAGCCCAUGAAGUUCUCGGCCACCUUUUGCUGCCAGAUCCUUUCGCGGUCGUUUGUGCGGCAGCCGUCGAUGCUCUCGACGCUCUGGCAGUCUGUCCGGUUUGUGCGCUCCUCGACGGCCAUGUUCACGAUUGCCACGCGACCGGCACCGAUCAAGCGUGUGGGUGACCUUUGGCGGAUGAACAGCCAGCACGACUAUGUCAAGGGCGAAGAGAAUCUGGGUGCGUGGGCGCCCCGCGGUGUCACGCUCGUGAGCGACUACAUCAGCGGACGCAAGAAGCGACAGCGCAUCCUGGAGAUUGGCGCGGCACAGAACGCACUCAAGCGCAUCGGCCUCCCGGCGCCCAAGUUCACGCCCGAGCACGAGGCACGCCUGCUUGCGGAAAGUGGGAUCCACAGCGCCGAUACCAGCGACGAUGUCGCGGUUGACGAAGCGGCCCGGGAACGGAACGGCGAGAUGGAAUCAAUCGAGGAACUGCUUCGGGAUACGCCGGACGCUUCGCAGAUUCUAGCCGCGCCGGCUGAACCGGCACCAGAAGCCGCCCUCGAGGCUGUUCCAGAAAUCGAACCAGGGGCCGACGACGAGGUUGCUACACCAAGGGCGGAGCCCUCGACCGAGCCCUUUGCGGAGUCCAACGAAGUAGAGCCGGGUGAAACGCCCACUACGGGUACCGAAACCGUGGCCGCCGACGAAGAGGACAAAGCACUGGAGGAGCACCGUACUCAGGCGGGAGCCGAGCCUGAGGUCCCAGGUCCGCCUGCAUCUAGUUACACGGACGAGGAAGAGCGUGUGCUGCACAAGAGCCUCAAGCUGUGGAAGAAGUACCCAGACCCGCUGGCGCAGCUCCUGGCCCCUGAGAAUACGGCGCCACCCGUCAACGGUGUGACAUCGGAUUCGGCCGAGCCACCCAGUCUCGUUACCACCGUGAUCCGCGUGCCCAAGAACCCCAAAGUCAUGAAGGGCGGCUAUCUCCUGGUACCGAGUAAUGACGCCACGCGGUGGAUCAAGCGCUUCGUGGAACUGCGCCGGCCGUACCUGCACAUCCACAACGUCACGGAUGGUGACGAAGUUGGUCUCGUCAGCCUGCGCAACGCCCGAGUCGAGAGUGAGCCCGGUAUCCUGGGCCUGCUGGAGAGCCGCCAUCCGGACUACCGCCACAACGGCUUCGACAUUCAGGACCAUCACGACUACUCACAGGACGAAAGCCAGUCGGAGCAGAACGGCGGGUACACCAACGGCGGCAGCAGCAACGGCGACGAGAGCGCCAGCGAAGCGGAGAGUCACCGUACAAACGGAACGAACGGUACGAGCGGUACGAACGGCACGACCGGCACGAACGGCACUGACGGCAACAACGGUACCAAUGGCAGCAACGGCCUGACCUCGCCACCACCGUCACUUCCACCAACACCGGCCUCCAAGAGCACGACCCCGUACCGGGCUGGCCACCGGAGGACGUCGUCGGGCCGGAUGAUCUCAACCAUCUGGACCGGCAGCGGUGGCAGCGUCGGCCAUGUCGGCGCCAAGCGCCGCCCUGGCCUCCAGCGGCUCAGCGACCGGCUGCAGGCAGGCGUGUUUGCCAUCUACGGGACGGACAACACAUGGCUGUUUGCGGCACGCAGCGAGCGCGACAAGAUGGAGUGGAUUGCACGGAUCGAUCAGAGCUUCCUGAUGCCUGCUUCGUCUGUUUCGUCGUCUAUGGCCAACACUCGGUCCGCGAGUCCCAACAUUGCUGCUGGUGUCGUCGCUGCCGUCGGUGCCUUUAUUGGAUCCAAGAUGGGGCCGACAGGGCAGAAUGCGGACGGGUGA